AACAGUCCCUUCAUAUAUGCAUCAUUAUUUCUAUCUCCACAUCUUUGUGUGUAUAUAUAUAUAUAUAUUUUCCCUAACAAAAAUUUCUACUAUGAAAGAAGAUCAGUUUCCAAAAAUGGAAAACUUCAUGCACAAGGAAUUGCCAUGUUAUAGUUUUCAUAGAAUGCCAAUAGGAUCAAAGUAUUUUGAUGAUCCAAUCAUUUGGGAAACAGCAACUGAUCAUGGUGACACUAGUCGCGAAAAUUGCAUGAAAUCAUCAUCAACAUCACCAUCAUCUCCUGAAAGAUUGUUUUCGAGUUCAGAUUCUUGUUCUUCAGCUGAAGAAGCUUCAGGUACUAAUAAUUUGAUUGGUAAUAUUCCUGGGUUUGUUGAACAGGAUGUUUCUGAACAAAACCAUGCAAGUUCAUUUCUUUCAGGAUUGAAUUCUAUCAACCCUUCACUACUAUCUGAAAUCAAAGAAAGUUCCAAUAUUCCUGUAAAUUUCUUGGAAUCUUUUCCCAAACUAAAUCAAACUCAAGUAUCUGAUCAUCAACCCUCUUCUCCAUCGAAAUUCCCGAAUUUGACUUUGUUUUUACAGGAACCUAGCUUAUUAUUAGAUCCAUCAUCAAAACAAAAGAUUGACUCGCUUAGUCAUGAGAAUCGAACAAUGUUUGAGCCUAUGUUAAGGUUUCCAAGCUCUUCUGUUUCCGUGUCUCAGCUUGAGCAAAUUUAUGGCCAAACGAGCCAAGACCAAUGGCUCAAAAUCAAUCAAACCUUGACAUACUACCCCACAAAAGGUUUUAAUGACUAUUGGCUUGGCACUACCAAGACACAGCCAAUGAAACACACAGGUAGAAGGGUUCAGAAUCAUCAGCAAAAGUCGCCUUUACCAUCAAUGGCCGCAGCAGUAUCAUCAUCAUCAUCAUCAUCACAAGGAAAGCUGUUUAGAGGAGUGAGGCAAAGGCAUUGGGGAAAAUGGGUUGCAGAGAUUAGAUUACCAAGAAACAGAACAAGGGUUUGGUUAGGGACAUUUGAUACAGCAGAAGAAGCUGCUAUGGCUUAUGAUACAGCUGCCUACAUGUUACGUGGGGAUUACGCACAUUUAAAUUUUCCCGAUCUUAAGCAUGAAUUGAAGGCAAAUUCUUUGAACGGAACAACUGCAGCACUUCUUGAAGCAAAGUUACAAGCAAUAUCACAAGGCAUUUCGUCAGGUCAGAAUAAUAAGAAGCACAAUGUCAACAUUGAUCCGUCAAUAUCAACAACAUCAUCAACGAACAAGAUUGUCUAUGAUGAGAAGAAUAACAGCAGUUCAAAGAUGGUCAAAACUAAUUUAGGCCAAAACCCACCAAGAAAAGAGUGGCAAUUUGAGUUGGAAAGCAAAGUUAAUGGAGGUGAAGUAGUGAUUGAGAACAAGAAGGGUAAUCAUCAUCAUCAAGAAGUUGUCGUAGCAUCUGAUAUAGAUGCUGUUCAGUUAAGUAGAAUGCCUUCUUUGGAUAUGGACAUGAUCUGGGAUGCUUUAUUAGUCUCUGAUUCAUGACUGUUUUAUAUAUAUAUAUAUAUAUAUAUAUAUAUAUAUAUAUAUAUAUGUCAAUUUUCACAUUUUCGAUCCAAUUGAGUACAAUGUUUAAAUUGUUCCUAGAUUUAUAUACAUAUUCGUGUUGUUGUUUUUUCU